CCGUGUGUCUGGCCCAUUGUCACGGGGCGGUGGUAGCAACCCCCCCGCCGGGCGCUUUGUCACUGUAAGUCACCUCACAGACCGAAACAGACCCACUCUGAAAAACACACCCAUUCUCCACAGUAAACUUUACGCUAUUCUGGUAUUGCCUGGUCCGUGAAAAAAAAUGAUUGUCUGGUUGUCACAAAACAUACAAGAGACACAGAGAUGGGCGUGACAUGUGGGGAAGAAGGGACAGGAGAAAGGAGGGAUAAAGUUGGAGUGACAGAGAGCGUUGGGUGCAAGAAAACCUGAAAGAUGGAGAGGAUGUACAAGGUUGAGAGCAGAACGGAAAGUGGAGGACAGAAAGAGAAGAUGGAAUUGGUUGAAAAAAUGUGGUUGAACUUAAAAAAAAAAAGUUGCAGAAAAGAGAAAAAACUGUCAAAAUGUGGACCAGGAUGUUGACAGGAAACCUAUGGGUGAGAGUGUGGGGGUGCCCAUUUGUUUUUGGCUGUGUGUGAAAUGUGCGUCUUUAGAUACAGGCAGCAUUCCUCCAGAGAUAAACCCCUGGGCCCCCUCACCCCCACCCUCCCUCGGUCUCUCCACCCACUACGCUGGGUCCUGCUUACUCAAGUGUAUGUGUCUGGGUGGGUGUGUGUUGGUGUUUACGUUGGACGGGGGUCUGCGUGCCCUGUGUCGCAGCACUCGCAGGGGGCAACAGAAAAGACAGCGGUGUGUUUGAGGGAAACCAAAAACGUAGGAAAGAGACUGGAGGGCCAACAGGCAUGCCAGUCAAGACCGUCACUUUUGGAGCAGAUGCUGGCAACAGUUUUCUCCGAGCGGCCCGUUCUGGCAACCUGGACAAGGCCUUGGAACAUAUCAAAAAUGGCAUAGAUAUUAAUACAGCCAAUCAGAAUGGGCUCAACGGGCUGCAUUUGGCCUCGAAAGAAGGUCAUGUCAAAAUGGUGCUGGAGCUACUCCACAAUGGAAUCGUAUUGGAGACCACCACAAAGAAAGGGAACACAGCCCUGCACAUUGCAGCCCUGGCAGGGCAGGAGCAGGUGGUCACAGAGCUGGUUAACUACGGGGCCAAUGUCAACGCUCAGUCCCAGAAGGGUUUCACUCCACUCUACAUGGCUGCACAAGAAAACCAUCUAGAGGUUGUGAAGUUUCUUCUGGAGAACGGAGCCAAUCAGAGCAUUCCAACUGAGGAUGGAUUUACUCCUCUGGCCGUCGCUCUUCAGCAGGGACAUGAAAACGUCGUAGCCCUGCUCAUCAACUACGGCACCAAAGGAAAGGUCCGCCUCCCUGCGCUGCACAUCGCAGCACGCAAUGACGAUACGCGCACAGCUGCGGUGCUACUGCAGAACGACCCUAAUCCUGACGUACUGAGCAAGACUGGAUUCACACCCCUCCACAUUGCUGCACACUAUGAAAACUUGAACGUAGCUCAGCUGCUGCUCAACAGAGGAGCCAAUGUCAACUUCACCCCAAAGAACGGCAUCACUCCUUUACACAUAGCAUCCAGAAGGGGAAAUGUGAUCAUGGUCAGACUCCUGUUGGACAGAGGGGCGCAAAUCGAUGCCAAGACCAAGGAUGAGCUGACUCCACUGCACUGUGCAGCCAGAAAUGGUCAUGUCAGGAUUAUAGAGAUCCUCCUGGAUCAUGGAGCCCCCAUCCAGGCCAAGACUAAGAAUGGCCUGUCUCCAAUCCACAUGGCAGCACAGGGGGACCACAUGGACUGUGUCAAGCAGCUACUGCAGUAUAAUGCUGAGAUUGAUGAUAUCACCCUGGACCACCUUACUCCUCUUCAUGUUGCAGCACACUGUGGGCAUCACCGCAUGGCCAAAGUACUGCUGGACAAAGGAGCCAAACCCAACUCUAGGGCAUUGAAUGGCUUUACUCCUUUGCAUAUUGCUUGUAAAAAGAAUCACAUGCGAGUGAUGGACCUCCUGUUAAAACAUUCGGCAUCAUUAGAGGCUGUGACUGAGUCGGGCCUGACCCCCUUGCAUGUGGCGUCAUUCAUGGGUCAUCUCAACAUUGUGAAGAUCCUGUUGCAGAAAGGAGCUUCUCCCAGUGCUUCCAAUGUUAAGGUGGAAACUCCUCUCCAUAUGGCCUCUCGGGCAGGACACUUCGAGGUGGCAGAGUUUUUACUGGAGAAUGCAGCACCGGUGGAUGCUAAAGCCAAGGAUGACCAAACUCCUCUGCACUGUGCCUCUCGGAUGGGCCACAAGGAACUAGUGAAGCUGCUGUUGGAGCAUAAAGCCAACCCCAACUCCACCACCACAGCAGGACACACACCCCUACACAUCGCUGCCCGGGAAGGUCACGUACAAACUGUCCGCAUCCUUCUAGACAUGGAGGCUCAGCAGACCAAGAUGACUAAGAAAGGCUUCACGCCACUUCAUGUGGCCUCAAAAUAUGGAAAAGUUGAUGUGGCAGAGCUGUUGCUGGAGAGAGGAGCCAACCCUAAUGCUGCUGGCAAGAAUGGUCUGACUCCACUUCAUGUUGCGGUGCAUCACAACAACCUGGAUGUUGUCAACCUGCUUGUCAGCAAAGGAGGCUCACCACAUAGUGCUGCAAGGAAUGGCUACACUGCUCUCCACAUAGCGUCCAAACAGAACCAGGUGGAGGUAGCAAACAGCCUGCUGCAGUACGGUGCAUCAGCCAAUGCUGAGUCACUACAGGGAGUAACACCUCUCCACCUGGCCUCGCAGGAAGGCAGGCCUGACAUGGUGUCCCUGCUCAUCUCCAAACAGGCAAAUGUCAACCUUGGCAACAAGAGUGGACUGACCCCACUCCACCUGGUGGCACAGGAAGGACAUGUUGGCAUUGCUGAUAUAUUAGUGAAACAAGGAGCUUCAGUCUAUGCAGCUACACGGAUGGGUUACACCCCCCUCCAUGUGGCGUGUCACUAUGGCAACAUCAAAAUGGUGAAGUUCCUUCUGCAGCAACAGGCCAAUGUCAACAGCAAAACACGACUGGGUUACACACCUCUGCAUCAGGCAGCACAGCAAGGACACACAGAUAUUGUGACUCUAUUGCUGAAGCAUGGAGCUCAGCCAAAUGAGACCACGACAAAUGGUACCUCUGCUCUGGCCAUUGCUAAGAGGUUGGGCUACAUCUCUGUUAUUGACGUCCUCAAACUUGUCACUGAGGAGACGGUUUCCAUGACUUCUACAGAGAAACAUCGCAUGAGUUUCCCAGAAACUGUUGAUGAGAUACUUGAUGUGUCUGAGGAUGAAGGAAUUGCACAGCUAACAUUAGGAGAGGAGCUCUUGGGGACAGAAGGGGCCAGGUACAUGAAGAUGGAUGACAUGAAAGACCAUGAUGACGAUUUCCUCUCCCCCAAGAAAUCACUGGAGUACGAGAGAGGGCUGGGCACAGCAAAUUACUCACCAGCCAUUCCCAGGAUUCCCCGAGUGUCUCCAGAGACUGUUAUCCUGAAAGAGCACGAAAUAGAUCAGCAACAUACUCCACUUCCACUGCCAAAAGAGUAUGAUGAGGACUCACUGAUUCCCAGCAGCCCAGCAACCGAAACGUCAGACAAUGUCAGCCCAGUGGCGAGCCCCAUACACACCGGGUUCCUGGUCAGUUUUAUGGUUGAUGCUCGUGGCGGCUCAAUGCGAGGCAGCAGGCAUAAUGGUUUGCGUGUCAUCAUACCUCCUCGAACCUGUGCGGCACCCACCCGUAUCACCUGCCGCCUGGUGAAGCCGCAGAAGCUGACCAGCCCCCCUCCUCUGGUUGAGGGAGAGGGGCUGGCCAGCAGAAUCAUCUCUCUGGGUCCAGCUGGCAUGCAGUUCCUGGGGCCAGUAAUUGUGGAGAUUCCACACUUUGCUGCCCUGGGUCAUGGCGACCGGGAACUGGUUGUGCUGAGGAGUGAGAACGGCUCUGUCUGGAAAGAACAUCGCAAUCGUUAUGGCGAUGAGGUGCUAGAAACAAUCCUCAAUGGGAUGGAUGAGGACUUAGAAAGUCAAGAGGAACUCGGAAAGAAACGAAUCCGACGAAUCAUUUCCACCGAUUUCCCCCUUUACUUUGCUGUUGUGUCACGAGUUCAGCAAGAAAGCGACUUGAUUGGUCCAGAAGGGGGUUCGCUGACAAGCAAACUGGUGCCAAUGGUCCAGGCCACAUUUCCUGAGACGGCAGUCACCAAACGAGUCCGCCUGGGGCUGCAGGCUCAGCCAGUUCCAGAUGAGCUUGUUGCAAAGCUGCUGGGUAACCAGGCUAACUUUAGCCCAGUGGUGACUGUGGAGCCUCGACGACGCAAAUUCCACCGACCCAUCGGUCUGCGUAUACCACUACCGCCCUCGUGGAGGGACAGCCCCCGAGACUCUGGGGAGGGGGACACCACCAGUCUGCGACUACUUUGUUCUGUCAUAGGUGGCACAGCCCCAGCCCAAUGGGAAGACAUCACUGGCACCACUAAGCUUAUGUAUGCUAAUGACUGUGCCAGUUUUACAACUAAUGUGUCAGCACGAUUUUGGCUUGCAGACUGCCCUCGGACAGCUGAGGCCGUCUCCUUCGCCAACCUCCUCUACAGAGAGCUUUCAGCUGUACCCUACAUGGCCAAAUUUGUAGUGUUUGCUAAGAUGAAUGAGCUGCGUGAGGGUCGCCUGCGCUGCUACUGUAUGACUGAUGACAAGAUGGACAAAACCCUGGAACAACAUGAGAACUUUACAGAAGUCGCUCGAAGCAGAGACAUAGAGGUGAUGGAGGGAAUGCCACUUCAUCUGGAGUGUUCAGGGAAUCUUGUACCUGUGAGAAAGGCUACCCAGCAGCCUCGUUGUUUUAGCUUCCAGGCCUUCAGAGAUAACCGACUGCCCGUCUCUGUAAAGGUGAGAGACAGCAGUAAAGACCAUACUGGCUUUCUGUCUUUUCUGCGCAAGUCAACAAAAUAUGAGGACAGCCAGCAUGUACUGUGCAACCUCAACAUUACCAUGCCUCCAUGUAUCAAGAUUAUUGGAAGUGAAGACCGAAGGCGAACUCUGACCCCGCUGGCCUUAAGAGAAAGAUAUAGUGCCCUAAAUGAACCUGCUAUGGCGUCGAUGAGUGCCAUGGAGAGGACAGAGCUGAAGAUGGCUGUGAUCGCAGAGCAGCUGGGGCUGAGCUGGGCAGAGUUGGCACGUGAGCUCCAGCUCAGUGUAGAUGACAUUAAUAAGAUCAGAGUGGAGAAUCCAAACUCGCUGCUAGAACAAAGCUCGGCACUGCUCAACCUGUGGGCCACUCGUGAAGGCAAGAGGGCCAAGAUGGAGAGUUUGUACACAGCUUUAAAGAGUAUUGAUCGUAUGGACAUAGUCAACAUGUUGGAGGGCCAGCCGCCUCAAACAACAAGACAAGGCUCCCGUGACCUCAGCAGACGCCGACACAAUGAGAGAGACCACCUCUCCCCUGGUAUGACCAAUGGUUAUGGGCUCGCGCAGGAAGAGCUUCUCUCACCGGCCUCCAUGCAGUACAGCCUGCCCUCCCCGCUGGGCGCUGAGCCCUACUGGCAGGAAGUCUCCAGUCUGGACUGUGCACCAAUAGCCACCACAGAAGAGGACACGCUCAUGGAGAUGUCUGAUGUGCAGGUGUGGCCGUCAGGCAAUAGCCCCUCCCUGGUGCCUGUGGAGGACUCCUCGUUGGAGUGCAGCAAUGCUGAUGAUUCAGAGGGUCUGCUGGGGCUGCCAUAUGGAAGUCUGGGUCGACCGGCCAGUCAGGCCAGUGCAGCCAGUGGAGGGGGUGGGGUGCUGAGUGGUUCCAUUGAGCUUCCGGAAGACGAUUCAGAGAUGGGUGUUGACUCACUUAGCACUGCCACACCAGCCUCGCUUGGGGGUACCAUCGCUGGGAUGAAUCUUAACGGGCUGAAUAACGGUCAGGGGUCAGAGGCAAGUUCGGAGGCAUCAGCGUUAACUAAUACGACUGGUGGAGAUGGAGCUGGAGGAGGAGGAGGAGGAGGAGGUGGAGGAGGAGGCGAGCCGGGCUCAGAGGAAGGGCUUUCUCUUGUUGCAGGACAGCAAAGGGUGUACGCUCGGCUGAGUGAGUCACCUGGUCUGAGCUGUGUCGCAGAUCGAAAUGGAGACAGGUCAGGUAAUGGUGGAAAUGGAGGUGGUGGAGGCUCUUUCCUUUCCUACCUACAGGAACAGACAGGCCCGGGGUGGAUCCCUGUUACUGAUCCUACUCAGGCCUGGGUGGGUACUCAGCCUAAACCCAGACAGGCCAUGGACACCAUGAUGUCAUCAGUACGUAAUGCUAUGGAUGGAGACCAGUCCCAUGUAUCCCAGGAAGCCCUUCUUCAGCCUGUGAGGGACAUGGGGCACUCUGAGAUCUUACGAGGGCACUUUAGAGGUACCCAGCCAUUUGAAAAAGGAUUGGGCUUCCCACACAGGGUACCUGAACUGAGGGCCUGGGACGACGUCCGCCUCAAAGGCCAGGGCGAUGACGCAGAGGAUCUUCCUGGAGAACAAGUGAGCGAGGAACAUUUCACGGAUGAACAUGGAAACAUUGUCACAAAAAAGAUUGUGCGGAAGGUUGUGCGCAGAGGGAAGGGUUCAGGUGAGGAGGGGGUUCAGGAGGUGAGCGUGGAGGGUUCUCUGCAGGACGCCAAUGAGCUGGAGCUUGAUGCUGAGCAGUUCAUGAGCUACGCCAUCCUGGGUCGCGACAGCAGCAAGCCCGAUACUGUGGAUGUGAAGAAAGGUGCUCAGAUAGUGAAAUGUGCCAGUCUGCGGAGAGUUAAGCAGUGAGGCAGACUGAGUGCUGCGUCCCUGCAGAGUUCUCCACAGGAUUCAACCCCUUCACCAAAACCAUCCUACAUGGACACAUGACCAGCAGCAGCUGACAAGAGGAAGAACACACAUAAAAAGGCAGAAGGACAGAAAUGAAUGGCAACAGACACCAACCAACUCAAUGACAGCCACAGUGGCUCUGCCGAUUAUCAGCACGCGCCAGAAGAGAAGGAUAUGGAUUUACUUGUAGUUUUUAUUACCUUUUUUUUUUAAAGAAACCAUGAAAAAAACAUCUACUACUAGGCUAGAAGCAUGAUUUCGUAUAUAAAACAAAAACCAAACACAAACAAAAAAAAAAAAACUAGCAACCAAAAUGUGCUUCCUGUUUAUCUGUAUCAGCAUGAGUGACUGCUGCCGCAUGGCCUGUCUUUAACUACAAAUACUGAGGGAAUACAAGGGGUGGGUACUGGGUGGGGAGGGAAGCUGAUGAUACACUGCUGUAUGGGACAGGCAUGCAAUGUAGGGUAUGGUCAACCACUGGCCUGUUUUUCUAAAUCAACAAGGAAAAGGUUAUCAGUCAACCUUUAAAAAAAGGGAGACUAAAUUAACCAGAAAUAUAUAAUAAUCUCUAGGCAACAGGUUUUCCCCCUCCCUCUCCCUGCCACAUUUUUCCAGCGAAGAGCUUCACAAACUAGUUUUAAACCUGUCCCAGUGCUCUCAAAAUCCAGUAAAGCUACACUUAUUACCCAAGGAUAUUGGUGUUGUACAUACUAUCAUAUGCACUAAAUUGCUAUACGUGACUGUGUGUUACGUGUGUUGUUUAUGUUAUGAGAUCCCUAUGCGAUGCCACUGAUGCUGCUGUUUCAGGGUCAUAAGGAUAACCCCUCCCUGUUUCUCUUGUUUGGUUCGUUCACUCUGAACCUAUAUAUUAUUCUAUAUAUCUUGAGAUCUUUGUGGGUACAAGAACAUACAAUUGUUGUCGCUCUGCCUGUUUUUAACGUCAGAUUUCUGUGUGUCAGGUUGUUUUAUUUUUUGUGGUCUUCAUGUGCUUUCACCCAUUUUAUUUUUUGACAUGUCAAAGUAUAGACAGUAAGUUAUUUACUGUACUAUGGGUGUGUUUCAGCUGUGGGAGGCAGGUUUUAGAGGUGAACUUGCUUCUUAUCCUUUCCUCAGAGUGAUAUUUGCCUUGUGGAGCAGGGGACAUUGAGAUAUAUAAAGAAUGUCAUAAGAGAUUUACCCACUAUACCAUCCCACUUCUCCGCCUUUUCUUGUCCUCAGUGUGUUGUAUCCUUGUGAGGUGUAUUAAUCUGAUUUUGGUGUGAGAUGACCUCUCUUCACCUUCAAUCUCACCCUUAUCGCCCUACCUCCACCUCUCACCCUGCCCCGACAGUCAGCCUCUCAGAGUAGAUGUAGCAGUCCUGUCCACCUCUAACAGGGGGCAGGAUCUCACCUUCAGCUUGUAGCAAUGUCUGUGUGACCUCAUCAUGUAGAUAGCACCAGAUGAGUUUAUAGACCAUCUCAGCACCACCAGAAGAUGUCACUUGAUGAGGGUACCGUAGCAGAAAUGCUGGUAAUUAUGUAGCACUGGUUUGACUGGUUAAGAAGAGUCAGCUGGAGAAAGGAAAGUGCCGUGUCGAGGGUUGAGGAUGUGUUGAGAUUAGAUGUUUGUCUCCUUGACAGUUCUUUGGAGUGUAGCAAAGACAGUCAGUCACCAAUCACUGUGAUGAGAAACUGUAAUACUGACCCGCAACUGUGAGUCUGACCCUUCUAGAAGCUCGUCUCUUAUUUUACUCCUUUCUUUAUGUUUCUUUUCAUGAUUUUCUGUCUUAACUGUACUUCAGAAGAAGCAAUAACUGCUUACAAAAGGACAGGAUUGUCAGUGUGUAUUUGAGUGCAUGAGUGUGCGACACAAAAGGAGAGGGAGGAUUUUAGGAUCAUAUUUCAUGUUCUUCCUAAGCUCGAGCUUUCAGUCUGUUAAUCACAGCUUUAGGCUCCACUAAGAAAUGAUGUCAGUACAUUAAUAUUCCACAUUUCAUCACUUUGCCUAUGUAGAAACAAAACCCUAUUAGAUUUUAACAAUAGUGGGUAACUGUUUGUCCUCACAUGAUACAGUGUUUAGACACUAAUUUUGGGCAAAUAUGGGUAUGAUUUCAUACCAACCAUCCCAUUUGCAAAGUGCCCAGUGUUGAUUUUUGUUACUCAUCAGGGAGCAUAGCUGUGUUAAGUUAUAGUUUUUCAAACCUUAUGGACAUUCAUAUGCAUUUUGAAUGAAAUCCUAGUGAGUGCGAGUGUGUUGUGUGACUGUGUGUGUGAUUUUCUUAAUAUCACGUAUUAAGUCCUGGAUUUUGGGACACUUAAAAGUUGUGAUAAUAUCACAGGAGGACAUACUGCAAAUGGACAGAGGGCAGAUACCCUCUGACAAUACGUGUAACUCUAAAUCACAUAUUUUUUAAUGUUGAUUUACCUCAAUAUGCGUGCCAUCUCACAUUAUAUCAACUAACUACAUGCAUUUCUUUCAUCUUUAUGUUAGACAAUGAAUGCUUUUAUUAUAGAAAUAUAUGUAAGUCACAAAAAUGUUGCAAUAAGCACUCAUCCAGUGUUUGUUUAGUACAGCAGAGAUGAUGAAUGUAAAGUCUUGAUAUACUGUAAGUCUUGUUAUAAAGUAGUCAUAUGUGUUGGCUCUGUGUUUAAGUAGAAGAUAGGAUAUGCAGUCUGUUGUAUCAACUCAGUAUCUGCUGAUGAUUAUCAAACAUAUAACUUUAUUCUCAUCUCAACCAUGCAUACAAACCAUCCACACAACAUGUCAUGAGAGAUUUAAAGAGUAAAGUCUUGAAUGGGUUUUUGACAUUUUAACAAGUAUCUCUUCAUCAAAUAUAAUUUGUAUUUUAGUAUAUUUUUUAAUAACCACAGAAGUUAGAUGUCAAUGAGAAUACACAGCAGUGUAAUGGUGUAUAAUCCCUUAUGUCAAUGAAUAUGUUUGCUCUCUAAGGGCUCAUAAUUAUGGUCUGCUUGGGUUGGUCUCUGAAGCAGGGGCCAUUUAUAAAUCAACUGCUGAUGUCAGGGUUAGAGCGAUGGGAGGGGGAGGGGGGUCUGAUUACAACACAAUAGAGUAAGCACUUUGAUCUUUGGCAGGAAAGGUACAUGGAACUGUGGCAAGACUUGGUGGCUUCGAUGGCUAGUCUUUCAAGAUGACAAGCAUUUUUCCUCAACACAGCCCAUCCCUGAUCUAUUUCUGCCCCCUUACCAAAUAUAAGACUGAGCCCGUUCUAAGGCUUUCCACAUGGUGACGGUGUGAACGUGAUGUGAACCGAGGAGUCCAGUUAAGUGCAAGCAAAGGGAGUGGAUCAUUCCGAGUGGUUAAUAAUGGAAAGCUCUGCACUAAGGGACGACUGAGAUGAUGCCAUGCACCAAGUUCAUGCAAAAAUAUUUACUGUUGCAAAAACUAGAGAACAUGUGUAUAUUCCUUUAGAAUGGAUUGAAGACAUUAUUAACGCAAUAGCAUAUUACUCAAUACUAAGGAAUGCAACUGCACACAUGCACACAAAAUGUUUUUAACAUAAAAGGCUAUAUAUAUGAAAUAUAUGAAAAUAUAUAUAUAAAUAUAUAUAUUUACUUAGAAUGCUAUGCACCCUUACUUGUCAACUGGGAUUCUAGUUAUGUUAUGGAUGUACUUUUAGCAUCAUACAGCUGUAGCUACCAAGAGACUGUUGAGUUCUGGGUAAUGCCUGCAAUCUGGGGAUAAAUAGGGGUCUUCUGGGUAUUUUAACCUAUUUUGUUUGCUUUUUUUAUUGUUAUGGAGAGUCAAACACAAAUUUAAAAUAUACAUGUAAAAGCCUUUUAAUCCAGUCAAAUCCGUUGACAUCUAUUGACAAUUUACUCUGUACACCAGCUCAACAUUUACAAAAUUAAUAAAGAAAUGAAAUGUC